AUGAACUACUUGCGGCUUCUUUUUACUCUCAAGAAUUCAAACUUGGAUGAAUUCAAACAAAUCAUAGAGUACUACUCGGAUGCCAAUGUCUUCAACGUGAACUAUUUCUUCGACGAAUUCUGCGAAUACAACGACAGUGGAACAUUAUUAGAUAUCGCUUGCCGAAGCCCUGGUAACAGCGAGUUCGUACAAAUCCUAUUAUCCAAUUUCGCCAACAUCAACGUCAUAAACAAACGCACUGGGAAAGCCCCCAUUCACGAAGCUGUUGAGAAAUCAGAUAUUGAUACCGUGAAAGUUCUCGUAAAAAAAUACUGGUACAGCGAAUGCGACGUUAAUCUGCUGGAUCAAGAUGGUAAUGCUGCCUUACACAUCGCCAUCAAGCUGAACAAAAUGGAUUUUAUGAAAACUCUGUUACAAAAUCCCAAUCGAAUCGAUAUCAACGUAGGAACUCGGCAAAAUGCAACUCCAUUGCAUUUAGCUCUACUCAAAGGCAAUCUAGAUGCUGCCAGAUUAUUAUUAGAGCACCCUCAUGUUGACUUGAACGUUCAAAAAGAUUCUCAAGGUCGCACCUGUCAUCAAAUAAUCCAGCAACAAUACCCUCAACAAUUUCUGCAAUCAUUUCGUACCGUUCGAUCAGCCUAUAAUAUCGGUUCAAUUUUAUUUUUGCUACUGAAACGUCAAGAAACCGAAUUAUUUGAAAAUCUUGCAAGUCAAGUCGACGUAGAGUUUUUAAAUGAGAACCACAAUGGUUGUCAAACCUAUUUACAAUGUGCUUGCGACUUGGGUUUGAUCAGUACUGUGAGUAUGCUUUUGAGUAAAGGAGUAAAUCCUAACAAGAUGGCAGAAACUCGUCAAAAUAAGACGGUUAUUCGUAAAUGUAGAUCUCUUACCCCAGCAAUGCUAGCUGCUCGUAACGGUUUCGAUCAAGUACUCGAACUACUGAUCGAGAAUUCCGAAAUUCAGCUACAAAUUUCAGAACUGGGUUCGGUGCUGCAUUCAGUCAUGGAAGGUAUGUUCAAUAAGACAACAGAUCAAAGAGAAGGCCACCAUAAGUGCCUCCAAGUGAUUCUGAAUAAAGGUAGAUCUCGAGGUGAGUUGGACUUGAAUUUCGAGGACCAAGACGGAUACACUGUGCUAUUCAUGGCAACUAUAUUAAACGACGAUCAAGUUAUUAAAUCUCUGAUUUAUGCGGGGGCUCGAUUUUAUCAAAAAAGUCACCUAGGGGAGACGUAUUACAUGAUGAUCAAACCCUCGAUGCUCUCAGAGUAUUUGGACAGCUGCAUUAGUUUUAAAAAUGAGUCGCCAUUCAUGAUCGAUUGCGACAUCAUAAUUGAUUACAAGAGCUUGGUUAUUUCAAGUAAAAAUCUCGAAAGCGAAGAUGUUAAUAAAAUGGAAACUUCCUCUGAACUAGAAGUCAUCGUGAUGCAGUGUUCCAGAAUGUUAAGAAAUUCUUUAGAAAAAAACACUGCUAAUGCAGACGUAAAUGAGAUGGAGAUUUUCACGGUGCUAAAUGAAUGUGUUGAGCUGAGGGAGCAUCUCAAGCAUCCAGUUUUAAAGAGUUUUCUCUACAUGAAAUGGCAUCUGGUGAAGGGAUAUUAUUACAUCAAUUUUGCAAUGUAUUUGCUAUUUUGCUUGAGUCUUAGUUCGUAUGUUUGGUUGAUUUAUGAAAGUUUACCGUCGCCUACAACUUCACAAACCAGUUGGAUUUUCUUACUAUGGUGCUCAACUCAAAUCUUGUAUAUACUUCUCAUUCUGAGAGAUGUAUUACAUUUUUUCUUAUCACUUCAGUGUAAUAGGAAAUCACCGGGAGACUGGCUUGAAAGAGUGGUUUUUACCAUCGCAGGUUACCUGCUGUACUUUUCCAGACCAGAUCAGUGUACUCAACUUACUUCUGUGGUUAUUUUAGCCUUGUGGAUCGAACUAGUUUUCUUGCUCAGUAGACAUCCUUGGUUCGCAACUGAAAUUGCAAUGUUUAAAAAAGUCGCGUCUGAUUAUGUGAAAUUCGUGUUCUUAUAUUCUGGCAUGAUUUUGGCAUUCGCUUUCAGUUUAUACGUACUAAUGAGACAGGAUCCACUGGACAACAAGGGUAACUCAAAAAACGUCACUUCUGCUUUUAACAAUCCAAUCACGUCGAUUUUCAAAUCGUUCACCAUGCUGACUGGCGAAUUUGACAUGGAAUCCGUACCGCUAGGAUCCUAUCAAUUCUUCAUAGGCAUAGUAGUUUUCAAGUUGCUCAAUGGGUUAACCAUCAGUGACACUCAAGCCAUCCGAGAAAAUGCUGAAAUGGUUGGUAUAGUAUCUGCAAUUAAACUUAUUUCCUAUCUCGAAGAUACAUACAAUCAAAAGCCAUUCCAUCGCAUUGUCAACUUGCUAUCAAGGUUUUGCCCUAAUUGCUUGUUGUCGUUUUAUCGUCGAUUGUUUCCCUCAUUUUUUCGUCGAUGGUUUAGGUAUAAGAUCUCUUUGUGGCCUAAAUUCGCUGCAGGAAGCCAUAUUCGGGUAUCACAGCGUAGAAAUAACGCCGUGAGUUUUCCUUGUAGUUAUGACCAGAAACAAGACACUUUCAGAUAUUCAAAAAGAUGCGACUGGAAAAUGCCCCCAGAUAUAAUGAAACGCGUCAAAGAAAUCCUGCUAAAACGCAAAGACAGCCUGAAAACUGGCGAUUACAAUCGGCAAGUAUCAAUGUGUCACAAUCAAUUCAAAUUCGAUGAUAUUGAAAAGAAUAUUCAACUUAUUACCGAUAAAGUUCUUGAUUUGAAAUCGCCAAUUUAUCGUGCGAGAGUUUCCUCUGCAGAGUGUCUGCAAGAUAUUGUAACUGAGAUGCGUAAUUUAAAACACAAAAUUUACCAAUUGAAAACUCAUUCGGACACAUUUUUGCCAGUUUGA